AUGGCCGCGUCCACGAAGCAGUUCACGCACGCCGGCGCCCACGUUGUGACGAAAGCGGACGACAUCAACGCGACGGCGCCGCCUCCCGCGGAACCCGAGGGCUUCCCGCUGCACGCCAUGCGCAUGAAGGACUUCCUCGCGCUGGAGAAGCUGCGGCCGCACAACGCGCUCAAGCGGGAAGGCCUGGUCGUCGCCCUCGACUUUAACGGAGCGCACAAGGACGCUAAAUUAAAUUUCGUGAGCCACCAGUGGCUUGCCUACGCGGAAGCGGACCCGAACGGCGACCACCUGAAGACGAUGCAGGACGUGUUUCGUAGGGUCAUGGCCGGCGAGUCCAUCUUCCGGUCGGAAGACGACUGGUCGGCCUACACGAAGGGCUCGAACGAGGAGAACGCGCGCUGGAACCCCCACGCGUGGUCCAUCUCGCCCGAGGAAUUUACGAAGAGCAUCAGCGAGGGCUGGGUCUGGAUCCGUGUGGGAAUCAACCAGUGAGUUAGGUUGCGUCGAUGGCGUGUGGCGUCCGAAAUUUGAUUUCCACACAGGUCUGGAUGGACUAUAUAUCGAUCCCGCAAGUCAUCGGCUGUUCUAGGGAUGAGGUCGCUUCCGUGCUCGCCGACCAGAAGGCCGCGAUCCAGGCCAUACCGUCGUACGUGCGGCACGCCCAGCACUUCUGGAUCUGCGCGCCGUCGGGAGCGCAGCACGUCGACACGUGCUGCGAAUGUAAUUACGACACGUGGCAUAGUCGUGGCUGGUGCCGGAUGGAGGAAGCGGCGUUAAACCUGGAGCGGCUCGGCGACGGGCGCGCCUUACUCGUGACGCAACCGCUUGGUGAAGAACCGGCCGUCUCGACGUUCGACAAAAUAGAUAGGGCCUGGUACCAGACAGUGCACAAAUCAAAGCUCGCGGCGCUUAUCACACCGUCGACGCGAGCCUGUUCGAUGGCGCACCCGACGCACCGGUUGAUUUGCGCACAGGAACAAGACGCAGCGCGCCAAUUCGCCGCUCACCGGCGCGUAUUCCUGCUGCCGCAUGAAUCACGUCGUAGUAUCGAAGGACGGUGCUAAAACAAAAAUAGGCUGCGACAAGGUCGCGCUCAAGGGCGUCCUCCAUACGUUGUUCGACCGCAAGGUCGCCGAGAUCCGCGAGGCGUGCAGGGAGGAGGGGAGCUAUAAGCUUGACCUCGAGUGGAACGAGCGCAUGAAUCACUCCAAUUCAACCGGACAAGGUGCCUACCGCAACCUCUGGUUCCUCGUCGCCCUGAAGCCGAUGCAGCUGGCCGACACCGUCGACGAGAUCGAUUAUGUCGAGCGGGGCUGGUCGAAGCCCUUCGAGGAACUAACGAGGGAGGACUACGAGACCUUUUGUAGGGAGGGAAACGGCCACCAGGGUGGUUUGGAAUGCGACCCCGAGCGGGACCUGGAUACGGUGGCCUGGAACAGUGCGAACAUGGGCCACCUGCCGAUGCUGCGGUACUGCGUCGAAAAGCUCGGGGCGGACCCGAACUACAGUAACCACUACCACAUGAGCAUGUUGUUGAUGACGGGCCGCUUCGGCCACGACGCGUGCCUGCGGUACCUCUGCUCGAAGUUGACGAAGGAGCAGAUCGAUCAUACGAGCGGUGGUCAAAGGAUGUGUGGAAAUCAAAAUUUUUACGUCGCGUUCUCCACGCCGUCGACGCGACGCCGUUGAUCCACACAGGUCUUGGGCUAUCGGCCAUUGGGGACGCGGCGAAAUGCGGCCACGCCAAGUGCAUUCGCACACUGCUCAGCCUCGGCGCUAGUGUCGACCCGCGCCGGAAAAACGGGAAGACUCCGCUCCACGAGGCCUGCGCCAACGGCCACGUCGAGUGCGUCCGGUGUCUCGUGGACGGCGGCGCGGAGGUGAACGCCGUCGACAACAACGGCAUGCAGCCCGUCGACCUGGCGAUGGCGUCGGUGACGAACCGGGAGGCCGUGCUGGAGGUGCUGCGCGCCGCCGACGCGACGUUGAGAGCUGCCCACGCGACGCUGAUGAGCGGUGCGGACGCGUGCGACGCGUGCGCCGACGACGGGUGCGAGUGCGCUACGUAACAAGUGUAACUUAGGAGCCCGGGCCUUGUGCCCUACUCGAUGUCCAGGUUCUUCGGCAGCCCGACGGACUUGAAGAGCUCGUCGAUCUGGUACGACGCGACGCCCUUCUUCUGGACCAGGUAGUCCUUGACCGAGAAGAGGUUCUCGGUCCAGCGGAUCGCGUGCUGCUUCAUGUCCUCCGACAGCUUCUCGAUGCGCGCGAGUUCCUCGGGGUCGUUCGCCUUGUAGGCUUCCAACCGUUGCUCGAGCUGGCCGCGCCGCGUCUUCAGAUCAGCAAGCUUCUUGAGCUUCGCGGCUCGAGAUCCGUCGGUGUCCUCCCUUCCACUCUUGGCCUCCUGCUCCGCUACUUUGGCCUUCGCCAGCCGGUCCUGGGCCCGCUUCAGGUUCGCCUUGGC